AUGGCCUUAAAAGGCGAAUCUGAGGUGCGCCAUCUACGUAAGGCAGCUGAAAAUGAAGUCGAGGAAAAGCUUGGUCAGUCGGCCAUUCACGAAGCCAAGCAAGCUUCAGACGAUGAACAUGCGCAGACCCUUCGGCAGGCACUCAGCGAGAACCGCAAGGCGGUGUUUUGGUCUGUUAUGAUAUCCAUGUCCAUUGUGAUGGAAGGAUACGACGUCAUCCUAAUCAACAACUUCUUUGCCUAUCCAGAGUUCCAAAAGAAAUAUGGCAGUUGGUAUGGCGAGGAAAUUGGCUAUCAGGUCUCUGGACCGUGGCAAACAGGUCUAACUAUGGCUUCCACGGUCGGUGCCAUCUUUGGCGGGUUGAUGAAUGGAUACUUCGCAUCCAAAUAUGGCUAUCGAUGGGUCAUGAUCGGCGCCAUGUUCUUCUUGAACUGCUUCAUCUUUGUGGUAUUCUUUGCGCACUCUGCCGCCAUGCUUCUAGUCGGGCAAAUUCUUUGCGGCCUUUCCUGGGGUGUUUUUGCAACGCUAAGUCCAGCUUAUGCUUCCGAAGUCUGUCCCACGAACCUUCGCGGUUACAUGACUACAUAUGUAAAUCUUUGCUGGGCAACAGGUCAGCUUAUUGCUGCUGGUGUUCUCCGCGGUUGUCUAAGCAUUGAAGGCGAGAUGGCUUACCGGAUCCCUUUCGCUAUUCAAUGGAAACCUCGUCACAAGCUCUGGCCUGUCCCUCUGAUGGUUGUUUCAUAUCUGGCACCUGAGAGUCCGUGGUAUCUAGUCCGAAAAGAUCGCCUCGAGGAUGCUAGACGGUCCAUCGAGCGGCUCAGUGGCGACAAGACUCAAGACCAAAUCAAUGCCCAGCUAGCAAUGAUGGUUCACACAACUAAGGUCGAAUCUGGCGUGACAAGAGGUGUGACAUAUCUUGAUUGCUUCAAGGGCAUUGAUCGUCGACGCACUGAAAUAUGCUGUGUUGCGUUUGCAGGCCAAGUCAUGUCUGGCAGCAGCUUCGCUUACACUCCGACGUACUUCUUCACUACCGCGGGAAUGAAGACUGCGAAUGCGUUCGAACUGAGUCUGGGAGCAAAGGGGAUGGCUUUCCUUGGGACCGUUCUAUCAUGGUGGCUCAUCACUCAUUGGGGACGACGUGCGAUUUAUGUUACUGGGAUUGGAGCCCUCACUGUUAUCCUGUUCAUUAUAGGCAUUCUUGACGUGUCCGCUGGUGAGAAGGGUCUUUGGCCAUCUGGCGGUCUUUGUGUCUUCUGGCUUUUUAUUUACUCUCUCACCAUUGGACCUAUUACUUAUAGCGUCAUCAGCGAGACGUCUUCGGUUCGGCUUCGUCCACUCACAGUCGUACUAUCGCGAAAUGCCUACCAGCUUGUCAAUAUUGUCUCACAAGUCCUACAGACUUACAUGAUGAACCCUACAGAGUGGAAUCUGAGAGGCAAGGCCGGCUUCUUCUGGGCGGGAACCGCCGGGAUCAUCUUCAUUUGGUCAUAUUUCCGGCUACCUGAGUGUAAAGGCCGUACGUACGAGGAGUUGGACAUGCUCUUUGCAAGAGGGAUCCCGGCUAGAGAAUUUUCAAAGGCUCACGUGGAUGCUUACGAGGAAGCUUCGGAUCAUGUCGAAGAUGUUAUGGAAGCAACACCACGGAAGCAGGACUCUUGA